AUGAGUAGUAAUAAUAAUCAACUUAGAGUUAAUAUCUGUUUAUUAUUAUCAUUGUUAACAUUAUUAAACUUGAUAUUAUUACAUAAGAUUGACUUUAACUUCCAACCAAUAGUACUUUACGAAGAUCACAUGUCUGAACCAUCAUACUGGAGACCAGAGGUCUCCUACUACAAACCAUUGGCUCAACAUAAUAAGAAGAAUAAUGAUGAUGAUGAUCAUGAUGAAGAUACAACACCAUCACCAGCUUUACAAUACGAGAUUGCACCUUGGAACAAAUGUACAUUACUCAAGCUGUUGGGUGAGGUCACCAUUGGAUUGAUACGCAUCGAGUAUGAUAAGGUCAAUGGACGCAUGGUUGUGUCCAACCCAAACAAGGUCUACAAGAGGGAGGAGGGUGCCCCUGCUAUGAACUCAUACAUCCUACCCAUUGCACAUCCCGCCACAUGUCCAUUCUCCAUGCUCAUGAAGUCCAACUCAAUCGUACAUCAAAGGCUUCAGCAAAACAUACCAAGUCACAUCCAGUUCAAGGUCGGAGUCGCAAUCAUCAUCGAAGAUGUACACAACAGGAUUUUCUUGACAAAGAGAGCGAGCUUGAUGAGAUUGUUCCCUGAUGAGUGGGUCGUGCCAGGUGGACAUAUUGAGAAAGGCGAGAGCUUUGUGGAUACAGCACGCAGGGAGUUGGAGGAGGAGACAGGUCUGAAGCUGGACGUCGAGAUCUCAAUGUUUGGAGCAUUCGAGAGCACAUAUCCUGUCAAUCUUGAAAAGGACAAGCUGCCCAGCGAGCAUCACAUUGUAUUAUAUACCAAGGCCAAGCUGCUUCAAGAGAUCGACUCACAAUCAUUGGUCAAGCUGUCGGACAAGGAGGUUGCCGCUGCAGCCUGGGUGCCAAUCUCAGAGUUGGCCGAGGUAUUGAGUGGACGCAAUCGCAAGGAGUUUGAGUUCACCGGUCAUCUACACGACUAUCAAUCACUGGUGGGCCUGGCUAGCGAACCAAACAGCAAGCCACUGGAAGCAUACUAUCACGCUACAAGUCCACCACUCGAUCACACCAAGUUGAAGCAAGAGUUCACCAAUGGCAACGAGAGGAUAUCGACUGGCACUGUAUACAUCCUCAAGCAAUACCUUCACGAGCUUGCCAACAAGAAGCAU